AUGGUUCAAGCCCCUAUGAUCUCGGUGCCGCUCAAGGCUACCAACGAGAUCGACUGGAUUGUGCCGCUGAAAAACUAUAUCCGUGACACAUAUGGCGACGACCCUGAACGGUAUGCCGAAGAAUGUGCGACUCUAAACCGUUUGCGCCAGGAUAUGCGCGGUGCUGGUAAGGAUAGCAGCUCCGGGCGCGAUUUGCUCUACCGGUACUAUGGGCAGUUGGAGCUUCUUGACCUUCGGUUUCCUGUUGACGAACAGCAUAUCCGGAUCUCAUUCACAUGGUUUGAUGCGUUUACACACAAGGCGACGUCGCAGUUCUCGCUUGCGUUCGAGAAGGCAUCUAUCAUCUUCAACAUCUCCGCUGUUCUGUCCUGCAAUGCCGCCCUCCAGAACCGCUCCGACGAGUCCGGUCUCAAGACUGCCUACCACUCUUUUCAGGCCUCUGCUGGAAUGUUCACCUAUAUCAAUGAAAACUUUCUCCAUGCUCCGUCGGCUGAUCUGAGUCGGGAGACCGUUAAGACGCUCAUCUCGAUUACCCUUGCCCAAGCCCAGGAGGUCUUCCUAGAGAAGCAGAUUGCCGACCAGAAAAAGGUCGGCCUGCUGGCGAAGCUCGCGAGCCAUGCCAGCUCAUUGUAUGCCCAAGCAGCCGAGGGUGUCCAAGCCAACGUCGACAGAGCCAUUUUCGAAAAAGUCUGGCUCUAUUUUGUCCAGAUCAAGGCGAGCCUUAUGGGCUCAAUGGCACAGUACUUCCAGGGCCUCGCCGAUGAUGAUGCAAACAACCAUGGCCUCGCAGUAUCGCGGCUGCAAGUCGCCGAGACCCUCGGGAAGGAGGCAGCCAAGCUGGCGACCAGCUUCCCUAGUUCCUUGCCUUCAAGCGCAAACUUGGGGGCCGACACCAGCACACUGCUCGUCGACAUCACCAAACGGCAUCUGUCCACGGUCCAGGAGAAGCUGCGCGGCUUCAACAAGGACAACGACUUCAUCUACCACGACUCGGUUCCCGACACAGCCAGUCUCCCGCCCGUUUCCAAGCUUCCUGCUUGCAAGCCAAUACCUGUUAGCGAGCUGUACGCAGGCCAGGACAUUCAGCGCAUCACUGGACCUGACCUUUUUGCCAAGAUCAUCCCACUUUCCGUGACCGAGUCGGCAAGUCUGUACGAUGAAGAAAAGGCCAAAAUUCUCCGCGCGGAAACCGAACGGGUCGAUACUGCGAACAGCGAGAUGGCUGCCAGCCUUGACUAUCUUCGUCUUCCAGGCGCCCUCCAGGUUCUCAAAGGCGGGUUUGACCAAGAGGUGCUCCCUGACGAAGACUUCCGUACCUGGUGUGUUGACGUGGCCGACCACGAAAGCCCCGAGGCCAUUUUCGAGCCCCUGCGUCAUCAGCGGGAGGCAAUUAUUGCCACGCUGGACAAAAAUGCAAAGCAGCUCGACAUGGAGGAGAGUGUCUGUGAGAAGAUGCGCUCCAAGUACGAAAGCGAGUGGACCCAGCAGCCCAGCUCGCGGCUCACGACAACACUUCGUGGGGACAUUAAAAACUACCGGGACGCGCUGGACGAGGCGGGGACCAGUGACGGGCUUUUGGCCUCGAAGCUGCGCCAAAACAGUGCUGAAUUCGACGAGAUGCGGACAGCGGCCCAGCAUGGCGAGGUCGACGCGCUGUUCCAAAGAGCCUUGGCCAAGGUACGGGGCAAGUCUGGCAGCCAGACGACGAGCCCCAGCGAAGGCAACCUGCUAGACACCGACUUUGAGGACAGCCACCCCAGCGUACCAGACCAGAUCAAUACAGUGGAUGAGAUCCUGUCAAAGUUGAAUCUUGUCAAGCGGGAACGCAACCAGGUGCUGAAAGAUCUCAAAGACAAGAUUCACGACGACGAUAUCUCGCAGAUAUUGAUUCUGAACAAGAAGUCAAUUGCAAACUACGAGACACAACUGUUCAAGUCGGAGCUGGAGAAGUUCCGCACACACCAAAACCGACUUGUCCAGGCCAACCACAAGCAGGCAGCGCUCAUGAAGGAGCUGACGGCCGCAUUCAACACGCUCCUGCAGGACAAGCGCGUCCGCUCGGAGCAGAGCAAGUACGAGUCGGUCCAACGGCAGCGCGCUUCCGUGGUGAACAAAUACAAGCGGGCAUACCAAGAGUUCCUCGAUUUGGAGGCAGGCUUGAACGGUGCCAAGCGGUGGUAUGCGGACAUGAAGGAGACGGUUGACAGCCUCGAGAAGAACGUGGAGACGUUUGUGAACAACCGUCGGUCCGAGGGCGCACAACUGCUCAACCAAAUCGAGCAGGACCGCGCUGCCAACAAGGGCCAGCAGGCCGAGCUGGAGAGGGAACGCCUACGGGGGCUCAUGGAGCGCAUGUCCGUGGAGACCACACCCUCAUCGCAGCCUCAGCCACCCGCCAAUGGCGCAUCAUCGACACCGCCACUACCGUCGUCUUCGGGCGGUCUGUCUGGGCGGCCCACGCCCAUGCCACUGUACUUGUCUAACAACAACGCGCCACGGUACCCGGCGACGAACUUUACGGGGCAGUAUCAAGUCCCGAACUCACCGCCCCCCAACCAGACUUCCAUGCCAUCCCCAUACGCCAGCCAGUUCGGCCAACAGGCUGCGACGUACAACCCGAGCGCACUCGGCCGCAUUCCCGGCCCCGCGUCGCCUCCGCCGACGAUGACCAGCUUCAACAUGAACGCGAUGCGGGGGCCAGCGUCGCCGCCACCGACACAAACGGCGUUUGGGCAGCCCGGCAGCCACCAGUAUAGCACGUACGGCAAUCAGCAAGCCAACCAGCCGCCGACAACACACUCGAGCACGCCGUCCAGCUUUGUGCCAGCUGGUUUCGUGCCGCCGCCGCCGCCCCGUGCACCGCCACCAUUGGGCCCGCAGCAGACAUAUCAUGUCAAGCCGACCGACUACUAUUCGCAGCAGCAACAACAACAGCUGCCGUCUCAGCAGCAGCAAUACCAGCAGUCGUUCCAGCAGCAAGCGCCGCCGCCUCAGCAAGCUCCAGCCGACCCUUCUCACGAUCACGUUGUCCGCCGGGUCGUGGUGUUCCUAAGCGAGUACCGCUUCUUGGGAGUCCGUGUCGCCCUCGUGGUACGCGUCUUCUUUGGAGAUGCCUGGUCUUCAGAAUCGUCUGUUGACGACGACGGCUCGGGUGGUGACGACAAACUCUUCUCGUUGACGGGCGUCGCAGAUGGCGAGGGACUCAUGGCACGCAGCCAGCCAAUGUUGGACGAGCGCGACGGCGGCGACAAAGACAAGACCGACAAUGGUGCAUGCGCUGACACUGGUGUUGGAGGCAAUGCCGCCGAUCCGCAGGCGGGUCGACCGGCAGAACGACGCGAGAGUCAGGGCGUUGUCGGCGGGGACCACGCCGUGGCCUUUGGGAGUGGUGGUCGCCGUCAUUCCGCGGCACGCCGGCACAAACUCGGACGCUGCGAGCCAGCCGAGGCCAACAUAGACAGCGGCGGCGACACCAAUGGGGAUGCGGAAGCCGCGCAGCUGGGGAAUCUUGGCGUAGCCCAUCAUGAAGCGGCCACAGAGGCCGACGACGGAAAAUAG